AUGGACCCAUAUACACCCGACCAAGUCACUGCCAUGUUGAUUGGCAGCGGCGAGAGGAAAGCCAAGAUGCCCUACUGGCUGACAUUCAUCAAGUCGUUGCUGGGCGGCUGGAUGAUCGGAUUUGGUGCGAAUCUCGUGCACGUCAUGCAUGGAACCGCUGGAAACCUGGCCACAGAUGCACCUGUCAUUGUCAACUUGCUUGGGGCCGUCUUCUUCCCGAUCCCUCUCCUCAUGAUCCUCGUCACCGGGAUGGAGCUGAUCACGGCCAACCUGAUGGUUGUCCCCAUGGCCGUCGCGAACCGCAGAGUCAAGCUGUGGGAGCUACCCGUCAACGUGAUCAUUGUCUUCUUCGGCAACCUGGCGGGUGUGCUGGUGUACGCAAUGCUCCUGGCCCAAUGCUCCGAGCUCUACACCUCGCAGCCCCUCAUCGAAUUCACAGUGUCCCUUGCGGUGAAGAAGACGAGCCUUGGCUGGGGUGUUUGCGUCCUGCGUGGCAUCGGCUGCAACUUUCUCGUGUGUAUGGGCGUCUGGCUCGCCACGUCGUCGCGUGAGAUGUCGUCCAAGAUUAUCGCCAUGUACCUGCCCGCUAGUCUCUUUGUGUUCCUCGGGUUCGAGCAUGUCGCUGCGAACAUGUACUUUGUGCCGAUGGGCAUGCUGAACGGCGCGUCAAUCACUGUUGGAAGAUAUAUCGUGCGAUCCGUCCUCCCCAGCUUCAUUGGUAACAUGCUCGGCGGAUGUCUUCUCGGUCUGCCAAUGGUGUUCAUGCACCACCCGCCAGAACUGCCGUCCUUUUGGAGUCGUUCCAGCAGCGGUAGUUCCAUGUGCACGUUCACAGAGGAAGCACCGACGAGGGUAGCGUCCCGCGUCAAUGUGUCGGAGAGCAAGGUAUAG